AUGCCUUUUGCGGUCAAGGCCCUAGAUCAUGUCGUCCUGACCUGUCGCAACAUCAAUGCUACAGUCAAGUUCUACAACCUGCUGGGCAUGAAGCACGAGAUAUUUCGUUCAUCUAAAGAUGCACCGGGAGUAGAGAGACACGCCCUCUCCUUCGGAUCACAGAAAUUGAAUCUCCACCAAGCAGGUGCGGAGUUCGAACCCAAGGCCACACUCGCAAAACCCGGUACCGCGGAUUUGUGCUUCAUAACCACAACGCCCAUCACAGAUGUGCUUGCCGAGCUACAAAAGGAAGGGCUCGAGAUCUUGGAAGAAGGCAAAGUGGUAGACAGGAUUGGUGCAGUAGGAAAGCUGAAGAGCGUGUAUACGAGAGAUCCAGAUGGGAACUUGAUUGAAGUGUCAAAUUAUGUAUGA